UAGGUACAUGAUAAGCAUGUACCUAUGGAGCCAAUGUGGGCGCGGUAGGCCGGAGUUAGAGGGAGGGGCCUUCUUGGCGAUGGACAGCGACAGCAUCAUUGAGUCGGAGACACUGCAUGCUCAGUAGUGGCAUAUAAGGUCCUGGGUGUCUUGGGUCCUAAGACCCAGUGAGCCCUACCAUCUCACUACAUGCCAGUGUAUCCAAGACCAUGUAUCUAGUUUGACGCUCUCGGGGGGACAAUCUUAAGUUUUAGAAUCUCGAUUACCAUAUAUCAGCCUCACAACAAGACUCGGGCAAUUCUUCUCACCAGACUUGAGAGUGGUCGUAUUGUCCUACUGUUGUUGGCCGAUCAGACUCGAAUACAACAACGGAAGACUCAGAACGAUGACCAUGUCCGUCUCCCUACCCGCUGGGGCCAUUGUCGCCGUCCCGACUAAGAUUCCUAUCGACAUAUCUCCCUACGGCUCUCGGAUCUUCACCACCCUGAUGUCUGCCCUGGGCCUUGCUAGCUAUUUUCAGCAAAUUUUUGGCAGGGUCUUAUGGUCUCUCUCUCUCCAAGUCGCCUUGUUGGCCUCGGGCGUCUUGGGGUUCAGUCUGUUUGUAUCCAUGCAGACGUGUCAAGCAACUGGGCUCGUGGUUUACCACGCCAUCAAACUCUUUGAGCAGGCAAUACGGAGGCUGUGGGACAGCGCACAAAUACGACGGCUGAGAAAGAAGAUUGAGUUCGAAUUCUUCACACUGAUACUUGGCGCUGGAGGGAAUAACCUGUGUCUGAUAGUAUUCUGGCCCGGCUGGGCCAUAAUCGGUCUUGCUAUAUUUGCGUUUUCGGCGUUGACUGUGGGAUGAUUGACACUUUGUUUAGCCCAGGUCUCUCUUGAAUUCCCUCUCUGCUUUUCGUUUUCUGCUUCCUGUGAUACCCAACAAAGUACUAGACGAUUCGAUCGGUUUGCUUAUGUUUUUGCUUUUCCCUCUCUUAUUCUUCAAGAAUAGAAGAAUGUGUUACCACCAGUAUCGCGCCUGACUUCCUUCUGAUAAUCCUUCUCCGGGUCGAAAUCCUGCCACAUGCUGGCGGGAUAAAUGUGUUUGUUACGCUCGUACC